AUGUCUGCGACACAAUUAGCAUAUUCCCUCCAACUUUAUGAGGAAACCUGCAAGGAUCUAUGCGCAAGCGCUGCUGACCUAAUUCAAAGGGCAAUUGAUGUUGAGUCCUUGACCUUGGAGGCAUAUCGUCUUAGGCUAGAGUCUCAAAUAAAGAAGUAUGAAGAACUCAACUUUAAGUACUUAGUUCAACUUGGAGAAGAAGGGUUCUCUGAGCAAGACCCUGAUAGAACACAGCUCACUGCAAAGCGGCAUCAUGCCAACCAAAUCAUCAUGCAAAGCACCGAAGUUUUGGAGAAACUAAAAAUCAUUUGCAUGGAAGCCAAACCCCAGAGUAUUGCAACAGAGUUUAGGCCAUUGCAUAAGGUUAAGUUGCCGUCUUUAUCACUACCAGAAUUUGAAGGGAUCGAUGGAGAAUGGGCCCCCUUUUGGGAUGUUUUCGAGUCUAAUGUUCACUCUCAUCCAGACUUGAGAGCUGUUGACAAAUUUAAUUACCUGAAGGGAUGUUUGAAGGGUGAAGGUCUAGCUCUGAUUAAAAAUAUCCUUGUCACGAAUGAAAACUAUUUAGAUGCCAUUGACAUGUUGAAGAAAACUUAUGCUGAUCCAGAAAAAAUAACCUCAUCUCUAAUUUGUCAAGUAGCAGGCCUGCCUAAACCUUCUGCAGAUCUGGAUUCACUACGUGGCUUCCGGGCUAAACUUGAACAAUAUGUUAGAGGAAUAGAAAGAAACAAACCUAAUUCGGAGCACUGCACCUGGAUACUUGGUCCUUUAGUUUUCCAAAAACUACCUGGCAAGGUGAAAGAACAAAUCGAAAACAAGUGUGGACGGGACUACCCCUCCCUCCUAGAUAUUAGAGAGGGGCUAGGAAAGAUAAUCCUGACCUUGUCUUCUUUAGAUUUUGAACCCAAGGAUUACUCCCAUAGAAAACCCAAGCCUAACCAAAGUUCCAAUAGACCAGGUAAUCAGACCAAAACCCAGGUUAGUAUUUCUGUCACUCUGGGUCAGCCUAAUAAGACAGCUAGAACUCAAAGUUGUGUAUUCUGUGAUAGACCAGAACAUAAAGCCUACCAGUGUGACAAUUACAAGACCACGCAAGAGCGCAUUUCAAGACUUACGGCACAAAAUCGUUGCGUGAAAUGCACUUCACCUAACCAUAAGACAACAGAUUGUCUUGUAAAGUUCCACAAAUGUCUGACAUGUAAAACUGGACUACACCAUUCAGCAUUGUGCCCUGAUUCCUCAACUGAAGUCUCUGCUGUGAACUAUUGUGGAGACAAUGACGGUGACAAAGACUUAAAGUCACAAACAAGUGGAAUUCUCCCUACUGCCUUAAUGAAAGUGGUGUGUCCGCCCUCAGGCAACACCAAGGAACUUAGAUCACUGUUUGACUCCGGGGCGCUACGCACCUUCAUCACACAAGAGGCAGUGGAAGAGUGUAAACUUGAACGAGACAAUCCUGUCCAACUGAGCAUCAGUGGGUUCUGGGAUACCAAAGAACCUAGAGAAUAUAGUACGGUCACUGUACCUGACAACCUUGUAACUUUAAAGGCUAUUGUCGUACCUAAACUGCCUCAGAGCGCUAGGCCUCGUGGACUCUCAAACGGAGUGAACCUGACUGAGUCCUCCUUAGAAUGUCUGGUCGCUGGUAAACUGCCUAGUAAUGACACCCCUAUCAAAACUCAUUCUAUAACUGUAUUGAGACUGGCAGUUGAUGAACCUUCCAAAGCUGCUCUAGAGAUACCACUUGAGAUGUCUGAUAGCAAAUUUGCUGAAGACCCCAUCCAACAGCUUUGGACCCUAGAAUCAGUCGGAAUUGUUGAUCAAGAUAUGUCACCUGAGGAUAAGUUUGUACUGGAAGAAUUCAAGAAUUCCAUCAAUAUGAUCAUCAAAGAACAACUGUCUCUCGGCUUCAUUGAAACAGUGCCAGAAGAAGACCACAAGUUGACAAAUGUCCAUUAUUUACCCCAUUUACCCGUGAUUAAGGAUUCAACUACAACGCCCAUUUGUAUUGUAUUUGAUGCAAGUGCCCAGAUGGACAAGCAGGCCCCUAGUCUGAAUGAUUGCUUAUACUCUGGCCCAUCCUUGACUAGUCAUCUAACUGACUUGUCGUUAAAAUUCCGUCUCGACCCAUUUGCGGUAUCGGCAGACAUCAGCAAAGCCUUCUUACGGGUAGGUCUCCAACCUAUAGAUCGUGAUUAUACACGUUUCAUCUGGCUAAAAGAUCCUAACAAUGAAAAGGACCUUCAAGCCUAUAGGUUUGGAUCAGUUCUCUUUGGAGCCACCUGCUCACCUUUUCUACUCCAGUCGACCUUGCAACAUCACUUUGAAACCUACCCCACUUCACCUGAAGUUAGUUUCCUCAUGACCAAAUUUUAUGUGGACAACUUAAUUGGUUCCUUACCUACAACAGUCAGUUUCUGCAACCUUUACAAGAUUGCAAAGGAAGUUCUGUCAGAUGCUGGAAUGCCUUUAAGAGAAUGGAUCAGUAAUGAUCAAACCUUCAACGAAAUGGUAACACAAGAAGGUGAUGGAACAACAGAGGGCUCAGAUCUUGUCAAAGUUCUAGGACUUCAUUGGAACUACAAGACUGACCACUUAAGCAUAAAACCCCCUACCUUUGAGGAAGCUCCGCUUACCAAACGGCUACUUUUGAGCAACCUUUCAAAAGUAUUUGACCCUCUAGGAUUGUUUGCUCCCAUAAUUGUACGAGCCAAAGUUCUUAUGCAAAAGGUCUGGAAACUAUCUAAAAGGUGGGAUGAGAUUUUGCCACCAGAACUUCAAGAAGAGUGGUCGAAGAUCAAGAAAGACCUUGAGAACUUUUCAUACCAGGAAUUCCCACGCUUUACAGCCAACAGAGGGACUAACUACUCUCUUCACGUAUUCUGUGAUGCUAGUGAAAAGGCCUAUGGGGCUGCAGCCUAUUUGAUGGACCAACAUGAAGGUGCAAACCUAGUUUUCUCCAAAGCAAGAGUCGUCCCUCUCAAAAAGAAGAGCAUACCACAACUUGAACUGACUGCCAACUAUAGUGCAGUCAAAAUAGCUGACUACCUCAGAACCGUUUUCACUACCGAUGGUGUCAAGAUUACUGACACUGUCAUAUGGUCUGACAGUAAAGUUGCCCUACACUGGAUUCAAAACAACAAAUCUAAAAACGUCUAUGUCCACAACAGAGGAAUUUCCAUGCGGCAGCUUAAGAAAAGUCAAAUUUGGUUCCAUGGCCCAAGUUGGCUCCCGAACCCAGAGAUGUGGCCAGAGCAGACAGAAGUAUCUACAUGCUACCCACCUGAAACACCUGAAGAAGUUUUAACUACAGUUGUCAGUGAAGAAGCUACUUUUCCCAUAGAGAUCCGUAGGUUUGCUUCCCUUCCUAAACUUAUAAAUGUCACUAGGUUAGUAAUUAAGUUCACUAGGCUCCUUAAAGGUACCAUUGGGAAUCGUAAAACUAAGAACUCGGGACCCGUAAACUCUGAAAAUGUCGAAGUACAGAACUCAGAAGCAUUACGAAUACUUAUUGGCUUCACACAGAGUCAGUAUUCCCCAGAGGCGUUGUCAUACCUUAACAAGAAUUCCCACAAAAUUCCAACCUGA